AUGGACUACAUAAAAUUAGUAAACGACAAAAUCAACGUUCAACAAGUGCACAAUUUAAUAGUCGACGAUGGUUGUGGAGCCUGUUCGAUGUUUGUGGGCACAACACGUGACACAUUCGAGGGCAAAAAAGUGACAUCAUUGGAAUAUGAAGCGUACGAAAACAUGGCACUUAAGGAAAUGAGUAAAAUCUGCACUGAGCUGCGAACUCGUUGGCCUAAUCUUAAGCACAUUGCCAUUUAUCAUCGACUGGGAUCAGUUCCAGUUAGAGAGGAAAGCGUGGUAAUUGCUACUUCAGCACCCCACCGUGCCGCUGCCCUCGAAUCCGUUAGCUUUGCUAUCGAUGAGCUAAAGUCACGAGUUCCCAUUUGGAAAAAGGAAAUUUAUGAGGAGGAUCCAGUCGGGGAGUGGAAAGAAAAUAAGGAGUGCCAAUGGCCUCAACGUUCACCUUUAACUUUGAAGGCUUUCGAUUUCUCUUCUUGCCCUAUUGAGGAUCAGUCUCUGACCUCUGAUAAUAAAUUGGUGCAAAUCAGAGUCAAUGACACCGACUUGAAUAGACGUGUUGAGUGUUUCUUGAAACGAAAACGCGAUGAAAUCAAUCUGUAUAAUAUAAAUGAUUUCAAGAAACAUUCCACCGAUAAUGAGUCGAAUUGCAAAAAUAAUGAAGACGAUUUUACUGAGGAAACAUCGUGUGCUCGAACCCAGAGUUUUCUUGUGAAGCAACAUCAAUCAAAAGGCCAUCUAAAAGUUAGGAGAGCCAAUAAUAAUUCUGGACCACAGAUGCGACCAAACUAUUCACAAGAACUCAAUAAACUCAUGGCAUCGCAAGAAACUCCGAACAAUCCGACUGAUAACAAUUCAUUACCAAGCAUUCGUCUAAGGAACAUUGAGACUUAUAUGGGACUUAACUCGGAUGAUAAUGGCAAUAUUCUGAAUCGUAUUAAGAAAUUAGAAAAUCGAAUCUUAUUGCUGGAAUCCAGUUCUCCAGAGUACAAAUAUCUAAUGCAGUUACCAAAAGAUGAGCAAAGUACAAGUCUUCGAAAGGAGAAAAAGAAAAUUUAUAUGCCGGAUAGGUUAAACAGUUUCAUUGAAAAGAUUAAAAGUGAAAUUGAACAAUGAAUCAUUAAGUCUUAUCUUAUAUAUGGAACUCGGAAAUAAACAACGAAUCCCGCCUUUAAACCAAAAACACUUGUGAAUUUUAAGUUGUUUAUAGCUGAUUUGUAUCUGUUUUGUUUAUUCAUUUUUUGUUAUCAAUAAUCAUCUUACUCAAUACACGGUAUUUUUGUAAUAUUUACAGCUAAAAAAUAGUUUUUGUAUUAGGGAGUUCGACCUUAAUGUUUAAAUCGUGAAAAGAUCCACUCCACACGUACUUAUGUACAUACAAUAUUUGAAUUUUGAAAUAAGAGAAGUGGCCAUUAAGUAUAUAGUGUUAUAAAUGAUGUAUAUUUGUUUCAACAAUUUGAACUAUUUCCAAUAGCUUUUCUGUUUGUAUGUGGGUGUUUCGUUUUG